GUAGUAAAGUUACAGCUAUGACUGGCAUUAACGCAAUGGCUCCCGCUCCAGAAGUUGUAAGCUGGGCUGAGGCCGUUGAGCAAGACAACGCCCCACACAUCCAGGAAGGAGCUGAUGGAACACGUACCGAAACAGCUUUCACUGAGGUUGAUGGAGUAAGAUGGAAGGUUGUGACACAGUUCAAAGUUAUCAACAAACGUGUACCAAAAGUCGUCGCUGAUCGCAAAAAAUGGGUGAAAUUCGGAAGUUGUAAGGGAGAGCCAGCAGGACCCCAAGUUGCCACAACUUACGUGGCUGAAGAAGUCGAUAUGCAAUUCACAAGAAAUCGCGCAGGAGAGCAGAUUCUUGACGUUCAAGAAGACAAACAGACUGCUAAAACUACAAGCCGUGAGCAUUGCCGUCAUUGCAAAGGAAACGACCAUUGGAGUACUCAUUGUCCUUACAAGGUCAUGUACCAAUUGGACGAGGAAGCUGAUGCUGACAAGGAUACUGAAAAGGAUAGAAUGGCAAUGGGAAUGCGUCCUGAUGGAAGACAAAUCGAUAGAAAUCGAUCCGAUGAGAAUACAUGCCGUGUCACCAAUCUUCCGCAAGAGAUGAACGAAGACGAACUUCGUGAUUUGUUCGGAAAGAUUGGAAGAGUCAUCCGAAUCUUCAUUGCCCGUGACAAAGUCACUGGUCUCCCGAAAGGAUUCGCCUUCGUUACAUUUGAAUCAAGAGAUGACGCCGCCCGUGCAAUUGCAGAACUCAAUGAUAUCCGAAUGUACCAUAUGGUUCUCAAAGUCGAAUGGACACGUCCGAGCAACUAAUCCGUUUUCUGAUUUAUUUAUGUUAUGCGUACUUGGAUGUUUUCCCGCUGUUUGGUUCUUCAUAAUUUCGUAGCUAGUGUCUGUCUAAACUGAAAAUUACUGUAGACCAAUUCGAUGUUUGUUGUUCUUUCCUAUUGAAAUCAUAAUUUUUACUUUCUAUGGUUAUCAGAGUUGGCAAGUGAAGUUUAUUUUCACGAAGGCAGUUCUAGCUAUGAAAAUUGUUGGUAUUUCCUUUUCUUUCUUCAAUGAUAAAUCUAUCUCUUCCUG